AUGGCGGAAUCGACAAAGCAACACAUCGAUCUAAUCCGGGAGACUAAGUUCUCAAUUGGCAGAGCUUAUAAUCCUUUGACGGAGGAUCUUCAUCAGGCUCACCGCAAUUGCAACCUUGGCUACAUUGUUCCUGAGUGGGUUGAGAAACGUCCUUCUCUGGUCGAUAUUCAAAAGAUUAAUGGUUUUGGUUCUGCUAUUCCGACCACAACAAUAAUCAUGCCUUUGAAAAGUGACAAAGUAAAGCCAGUGAAAGAACAACUCUCCAAUGUUCAUCCUGAGAUCCACUACCAAGAUAAGGUCAGCAUUGUUAACUCACACGGGAUUGUUAGCGAGACUAAUUUGGUGUCAAGGAAGAGCAUUGAUGCUGAGUCGCAAAAGUUAACGGUGAAAAAUGAGAACCGUGUGGGAAGGAGAGGCGAAGUUGAGGAAUUGUUGACAACGUUGGUGUUUCUACUCGGAGACCGUCUUGCCCUUGGAGAUAGCUUUCCUCCUAGUAUCUAUGCGUUUCUUCCCACCGAGAUGGAGAUUUUAUCCUUGCAUCGUCUAGAUGAUAUGUGGAACCAAGGGAUUCUCAGCUGUGUUCCUUCUGCAUUUGUGAAUGCAUUCACUUCUUUAGUGAAAAAGACAGAUGCUUUUAGUUUCUUGCCUGUGAAGGUAUCUAACUACGAAGAGUUGAAUGAUGUCCGAGAAUCUAUUAUGGCAAGGGUUUUGGCAGAGGGAAAUGUGCCUAGCAGACUUUGA